AUGAAGAAGCAACUUCAGUUUGUCGCCCAGAUGCUGGGGUUCCUGAUCAGCGUGGUGAGCUCCAUCUUCUGUGGCCACCUGGGGAAAGCUGAGCUGGACGCUGUGACGCUGGCCGUGUCUGUUAUCAACGUGACGGGCAUCUCCAUCGGUUCUGGUUUAGCCUCAGCAUGCGACACGCUGAUGUCCCAGACAUAUGGCAGCAAGAAAGUCAAGCAGGUGGGCACCAUCCUGCAGCGGGGGAUCCUCAUCCUGCUGCUUUGCUGCUUCCCUUGCUGGGCGCUCUUCGUCAACACCGAGCGGAUCCUCCUGCUCAUCCGACAGGACCCCGAGGUCUCCAGGUUAACCCAGCUCUACGUGAUGAUCUUCAUUCCAGCGCUUCCUGCGGCGUUUCUGUACCAGCUGCAGACAAGAUAUUUACUAAGCCAGGCGAUCAUUUUGCCUCAGGUGUUGACGGGGAUUGCAGCCAACAUCCUCAAUGUGGCCAUGAACGCCUUCUUCCUAUAUGCGCUGAAGCUGGGCAUGGUGGGCUCUGCCUGGGCUAACACAGUUUCUCAGUACACCCAGGCCAUUCUGCUCUUCCUUUAUGUGUGGUGGAAGAAGAUCCACGUGGAGACCUGGGGAGGUUGGACCAGGGAUUGCCUCCUGGACUGGGGCUCCUUCAUCCGGCUGGCAGUGCCCGGCAUGCUCAUGAUGUGCAUUGAAUGGUGGACCUUUGAGAUCGGGAGCUUCUUGGCAGGGCUGCUCAGUGUGGUGGAGCUGGGCGCGCAGUCCGUCAUCUACGAGCUCUCCUCUGCGGCAUACAUGGUGCCUCUGGGCUUCAGCGUGGCUGCGAGCGUCAGAGUGGGCAAUGCCUUGGGAUCGGGGGACGUGGUGCAAGCCAAGACCUCCUGCAUUACUGCCCUGCUGUGCGCAGGAGUUUUUGCUGUGGUGGUUGCGACGUUAUUGGGAACCCUGAAGGACGUGGUGGGAUACAUCUUCACCAAUGACAAGGAGAUCGUUAUCUUGGUGUCCAAAGUGAUGAUCAUCUUUGCUCCGUUCCACUUGUUCGAUGCAGCAGCAGUGAGUUUGUGGGUGGGGAUGAUCAUUUGCAUCUCUCUGCAAGCCCUUUCCUUCUCGGCUUUUGUCGUGCGCAUGGAUUGGAAGAAAGCUGCAGAAGAGGCUCAAGUCCGAGCCGGGCUGAAGAAACAACUGGAAGAUGUGAACUCCAAUGGCACGGCUGCUAACACAACAUCUGCUGUGGAUUACAUCUCCGUUGACACAGACACCGUGGUCACCGUGGUCCUGCCCGAGAGCUUUGUGGGAGGUGAGAGGCAACCUGGCCAGCAGCUCAUCACGCCAGAGGAGCCUGCUGACGUCCCUGCUCCUCCCGCUGUGGUCUGGAGGGCCCUGAUCAUCCGCCGCGUGCUGGCUGCUGCUGCCUCCAUCGCUGUCCUGCUGGUGGGCAUACUGGUCCGACUCCUGACCGGCAACGGCUAG